ACAACAAUAGACAUUUCCUAAUUCAAUAUUCAAAAAAAAAAACACUCAUCUAUUAUAUUUUUUGACCAUUCCUUUUGACCUCUGCAAAAUAAUUCAUAAAUAUAGAAAUUUCCACUUUCAACUUUACAUUUUCUCCCUCUUUUCUUCACUACAAUUCCCUCAUAAACCUCUAAUUUUCUUCUCAAACUCUGAAAACACACACACAAACUGUGUGUAAUUUGCAUUUUCAGUGAUGCCAAAGUGCUUUAGCUUCACCGCAACAAAAAACCGGUGCCUCAAAUCCAGUUUCAGCAGCCGAGGCCUCCGAUCUACUUUCACUGACCUCAAAGAUGGUACCGUAAUGCAUUGCUGGGUUCCCAAAUCCAGAAAACCGACCCGACCUGAUUUGGUCCUAAUCCACGGAUUCGGAGCCAAUUCCAUGUGGCAAUGGAGCGAAACAGUCCGGAUCCUUUCCCGACACUUCAACGUCUACGUCCCGGACUUAGUCUUCUUCGGCGACUCGUACACGACUCGGCCGGACCGGACCGAAUCGUUCCAGGCUCAGUGUGUGAAACGAGUCAUGGAAGCGAACUCGGUGACGAAGAUGAACGUAGUAGGGCUGAGCUACGGCGGAUUUGUGGCGUAUAAUAUGGCGGUGCAAUUCGGGGAUUGUGUGGAGAAAGUGGUGAUUUGCUGCGCCGGAGUUUGUUUGGAGGAGAAGGAUUUGAAAGAAGGGUUGUUUGCGGUGAGUAGUGUGGAGGAUGCGGCGAAUAUUUUGCUGCCGCAGACGGCGGAGCAAAUGAGAGAGCUCAUGGGUUAUACCUUUGUUAAAGCUCCGGCCAAAGUAUUGCCGUCUUGCUUGCUUACUGACUUCAUUGAUGAAAUGUUUACACAAUAUGUAGAGGAGAAGAAAGAAUUGCUUCUUGCAAUUGUCAAAGACAGAAAGCUUUCUGAUCUACCUAAGAUCACUCAGCCAACGUUAAUAGUGUGGGGAGAUCAAGACAAAAUAUUUCCUUUAGAACUAGGCCACAGAUUGAAAAGGUUCAUUUCCCCAACUGGGCAUUUAGGGGAGAAUGCUGAGAUGGUAGUCAUUAAGAAUGCAGGCCAUGCUUUUCUUUAUGAGAAACCUAAAGAUUUCCAUAAGCCUUUGAAAGCAUUUCUCUUGGGUUCCACAAAAUCUCCUCCUCCUCAGGACCAAACAUGAUUCACUUGCUGCUUCCCAUAAUGUAAAUUGGGAUAAUUAUCUAUUUAUUAUAAUCUAUCAUCUCAAUUUUUUGCUAUUUAAAAUUCUUGUAUUGCUCAUUGAGAGCCACCAUCCUUAGAAAAGUUUUAGUAACUAUCAUAAAAGAAGUUUUAACUACAAGUAACUAUCCCAUUUAGUCACAAUCUAGCUAUGCUUUCACUUGAA